AAUUAUUACAAGCUUAUAACGAAAGAAAAAGGUGUUUGUUUCCAUCUUCAUGAAAGCAAACCCACUAACCAUAACAUACCUUUCCCCUCGUUUAAACCCAAUCUGAUCUUCUUUCUCACUAAGUUUAGCAUCCCUCAUCCCCCCCUUUGUACGUAUUAAAAUCAUUUUUCCCUAUACAUAUUAGGUCGAGCAUAUCCUAGUUCUCUUCUCCUCUCAUUCAUACUGCAAGAGAAAUCCCAACUAGUUUCCUUAUCUCCUUUUCAUUUAGAGACGAAAGAUAAAGAGACAAAAAGAGCGAUGGGUGCUGAUUGGGGGCCGGUUGUUGUCGCGGUGGUUUUGUUCAUUCUCUUCUCGCCCGGGUUGCUGUUCCAACUGCCGGCUAGAACAAGGGUGGUUGAGUUCGGGAACAUGAACACAAGUGGGAUUGCCAUUUUGGUUCAUGCCAUUAUAUACUUUUGCAUACUUACCAUCUUGGUUGUUGCAAUUGGUAUUCACAUUCACGUUAAUUGAUCCAAAAGCGCCCAUACAGCUUGUCUUGUUUACAUUAAAGUACAAAUCUAUGAAUUCUCUCGUAGUCAUUCUGGCCUUCACUGUUCCUUUCACUGAGGUUGUUGGUCUGUCCUACAACUGCUACGAGCAACAAGUUUGAUCCGAUUCUAAGGUCUUUGUCGUAUUUUGUUUCAUUUAUCAUUGUGACAUCAUUAGAAGUAUAGGCACGAGAGAAUAAGCAAGAAAGCUAUGUGCUUUUUAUUUCUGCUAAACGAGGUAUCACCGGAGUCAUACUCACGACACAUAUUAUAGAUGUCGAAAAGAUACCGAGAAAAAAAAAAAAAAAAACCGCUCUGCCGUUGUAGAUAUCGACGCGGACCGUCAAGAAUAUAUAAGCUCAACGUAGAGAACAAAGAAGAUGAGAGUCUGUGGAUGACGAAUGCCUUGCCUUAAUUUAGGUCUUCAAGCUGUCGAACUCGGGCCAGCUGCCGGCUAGCUGUUUCCCUGUAAGAUGAAAGAGAAGUCACGGUGCGAGUAUCAUGCACGAACAGUGCCACGCUGAUCAGUACGGCAGCCCAGUUCGGCAUUUCUUUCUCCAGAG